AUGAAUGAUACUGGGAAAAGCAAGUCUGGCUACGAAAAGAUCAAGUUUUGUGGAGAACAAGCGGCUAAAGAUGGCCUUCGAUAUUUCUGGGUGGACACUUGUUGUAUUGACAAAUCGAAUCUUACUGAGCUUUCGAGGGCUAUUAAUUCUAUGUUCUACUGGUAUCAAAAUGCGAAGAAAUGCUAUGUAUAUCUCACGGAUGUAUCGACCCCUGGCGAUGAUGUAUAUGUCCAAGCAAACCAGAGCAUAUGGGAAGUAGCCUUUCGGAGUAGUAGAUGGUUUACUAGAGGCUGGACACUUCAAGAACUUAUUGCUCCAGCGGAAGUCGAAUUCUUCUCUCAAGAGCACAAGCUACUUGGUGACAAAAGGUCACUCGAAAAACUAAUUUAUGAGAUUACCCGAAUUCCAUUUCAGGCUCUACGAGGGGAUCCUUUCUCUGAUUUUAGUAUCGCUGAGCGGAAAAGAUGGGUAGCACAACGCCAGACAACCGAAGAAGAAGACCUGGUUUACUGCCUGUUAGGCCUCUGCAAGGUGUCUAUGCCACCAAUCUAUGGCGAGGGAAAGGAGGUCGCACUGAAAAGGCUCGAAAUGACAGUCAAGGGGUUCUCCACUAACGAGAGCGAGCCGAAAGAUCUUAAAGAUAAUACCGCUUCAUUUAUUGUCCCAUUCGGCAGAAAUCUCAACUUUAUCGGUCGUGGAACACAGCUUACCGAGGUGGAAGCAAAACUAUUUACAGGAGGUCGAAUGACAAAAGUUGCCAUCACAGGGCUCGGGGGAAUAGGCAAGACCCAGCUGUUGCUUGAACUUGUCUAUCGAAUAAGGGAUAGAUAUAAGGAUUGCUUAGUGAUCUGGAUACCCGCAACCAAUACGGAAAGUCUUCAUCAAGCAUAUCGAGAAGUUGCCCGCCAACUCAAGAUCCCUGGCUCGGACGAGGAUAAGGCUGAUGCAAAGAAACUCGUGCAAAAUUAUCUGAGCAAAGAAAGCGUAGGUCGGUGGCUCUUAGUUUUCGAUAAUGCUGACGAUGUCAAUAUGUGGAUCACUGUAUCUAGGUCAGGAUCUGGCCGUCUAAUCGACUGCCUCCCACGAAGUGAGCAAGGAUGUAUCGUCUUCACAACGCGCGACAGAAAGACUGCCGUUAAGCUUGCACACCAAAAUAUCGUAGAGGUACCAGAGAUGGGCGAAGACGUAGCGAUACAGCUGCUCCAGAAGUGUUUAGUUGAUCCAGAUCUGGUUAACAAUAGACCAGAUACAACAGCCCUACUAAAAGAGCUCACAUACCUUCCACUUGCUAUUGUUCAGGCAGCAGCAUAUAUUAACGAGAAUGGGAUUGCGUUCGCGGAUUAUCUAUCCCUCCUUGCAGAGCAAGAAGAGGAUGUUAUUGAUCUCCUUAGCGAGGAGUUUGAAGACGAUGGGAGAUACGAUAAUAUAAAAAACCCUGUGGCUACAACAUGGCUCAUCUCGUUUGAACAGAUACGGUAUCGGGACCCUCUUGCAGCCGACUACCUAUCGUUUAUGGCAUGUAUAGACCCCAAGGAUAUUCCCCAGUCUCUUCUUCCGGCAGGAAGGUCUCGAAAAAAGGAGAUAGAUGCAAUUGGGACACUUGAUGCUUACUCGUUUAUUAUUAAGCGAGUGGCAGACCAAGCUCUUGAUCUUCACCGACUAGUGCAUCUCGCAACGAGAAAUUGGCUUCAGCAAAAUGAUCUGAUCACCCAAUGGACCGAAAGGGCGAUUAUACGAUUAGAGGAAGUAUUCCCAAACGAUGACCACCAAAAUAGAACUACAUGGAGGACGUAUUUGCCACAUCAUGGCCAAUUUGGCUUUGACAUACCAGAAUCAAGGACAUUGGAAGAAGGCCGAAGACUUGGAUGUGCAAGUGAUGAAGAUGAGAAAGAGGAUGUUAGGGCAGGAGCAUCCAGACACACUGACCAGCAUGGCCAACUUGGCUUCGACAUACCGGAAUCAGGGACGUUGGAAGGAGGCCGAAGACUUGGAGGUGCAAGUGAUGAAGACGAGUUUGAGGGUGUUAGGGCAGGAGCAUCCUUCCACGCUGACCAGCAUGGCCAACUUGGCUUUGACAUUUUGGAAUCAGGGAUGUUGGAAGGAGGCCGAAGACUUGGAGGUGCAAGUGAUGAAGACGAGUUUGAGGGUGUUAGGGCAGGAGCAUCCAAACACGCUGAACAGCAUGUCCAACUUGGCUUUGACAUUUUGGAAUCAGGGACGCUGGAAGGAGGCCGAAGACUUGGGGGUGCAAGUGAUGGAGAUGAGAAAGAAGGUGUUAGGGCAGGAGCAUCCUUUCACACUGACCAGCAUAGCCAACUUGGCUUUGACAUACCGGAAUCAGGGACGCUGGAAGGAGGCCGAAGACUUGGGGGUGCAAGUGAUGGAGACGAGAAAGAGGGUGUUAGGACAGGAGCAUCCAGACACGCUGGCCUUUUCUACUAUCAUCUUGCCCUCAUAUGGAAGGGACUUGGCCGAGAUAAAGAGGCCCUUAAGCUUAUGGAAGAAUGUGUAUUAUUACUGACUAGGAUUAUAGGUACUAAUCACCCUAAUACAUUGUCUUCCCGUGUAAUAUUACUUGAAUGGCAGACAAAUGAACUAGAGAUUGAUCCGGAAAUAGAUGUUGUAGCGCCCUUCGAUGUUGUGCCAGCUAUAGUAGAAUCUACUGUAGAUCCUACAAUAUCGCAUGACCGACUGUCAGAGCAACCUGUAUUACAUGAAUUCUGA